UUGACUUUUGUCUGUUUUCUGUGUAUGGUGUCAUUCUGCAUUCAGUCAAUUUCAAUAAAGUGCCCGACGCAAUUUACAAAAUUUGUUAAAGUGGAAAAUAAUUUUUUUGUAAAGGACUGAAGUAUCUUUUUUCUUAAUUAUUAUUACAGAUACCGGUUUUUAGUGUAAUGUUAAAGUGUGCAUAAAAUAUAAAAGAUGGGAAUUUUUAGCACUUCGUCGCCGUUCGAUCAAGAUGUCGAGCGUGCGACCAGCGAGAACAACACUAGCGAGGAGUGGGGCCUCAUCAUGGAGAUCUGCGACCACGCCGGUGUGUCUGCGCAAAGCAGUAAGGAGUGCCUGCGCGCCAUCUUGCGGCGCCUGGCGCACCCCGACCCGCACGUGCAAGUGCACGCCGCCACACUGCUCGACGCCUGCGUGGCCAACUGCGGCCGCGUCUUCCAUCUGGAGGUCGCCUCGCGCGAUUUCGAGACUGAAUUUCGUCGGCUGCUGGCGCGAGCGCAGCCGCCCGUCGCCGCGCGGUUGCGUGCGCUGUUGCGUAAGUGGGCCGAGGGCGAGUUUCGAGAUGAUCCGCAACUCGACCUGAUCCCCUCAUUGCAUGCGCGCCUGCGCGCGGAGACUCCAGCAGCCGACGCCACUCCGAUCGCGCCCACUGCCGGCGCCGCCUCCGCCGCGACCGCCGCCGCCGCGCAGCGCGAACGUGACGAGCUGGCGCGUGCCAUCGCGCUGUCGCUGCGCGAGCUGGGAACGGGCGGGGCGGGCCGGCGCGGGCGCGGGGCGGCGGCGGCGGGCGGCGCGGCGGCGGGCUCGCUGUACCCGCGCGUGGACGCGCCCGAGCCGGCGCCGUCGCGGAUGGUGCGCGCGCUGUACGAUUUCGAGGCCGCAGAAGACAAUGAGCUCACCUUUUUUGCUGGUGAAAUAGUGCACGUUACCGACUCGAGCGACCCGAAUUGGUGGAAAGGUCAUAACGAGCGCGGCGAGGGACUCUUCCCGGCCAACUUCGUGACGGAGGAGACCGCAGUCCCCGCCGAGGGUCGCAGGGAGAGUCCCGAGCCGAGCCAAGUGGAGCCCGUCGUCCCCGCCGCCGCCGCGCCCGCGCGCAUCGACGAGGCGGCGCUCGACGAGGCGCUGGCGCUGCUGCACGAGGCCGACCCCGCCGCGCCCGCGCCGCCCGCCGCCGAGGCGCGGCUCGCGCGGCUGGAGGCGCGCGCGCACGCCUCGGGCGCGCUCGUGGACGCCGCGCUCGAGCGCGCCGACCGCCGCCACGCGCGCCUCACGCAGCUCAGCGCCGAGCUGGUGGACGCGCUCAACUUGUACCACUCGCUGAUGCGCGACCCGCUGAAGCCGCCGUACGCGCCGCACGCACACGCGCACGCGCACGCACACGCGCCUCCGCACGGGUACCCGCCGCACGGGUUCGCGCCGGUGGGCGGCGUGGUGGCACCGGGCGCGGCGGGGGGCGUGGGUCCCGCCGCGGCGGCCGCCCCGCCGGCGCCGGCCCCGCCGCGCUGCUGAACGCUCGUCGCGCGUGCACUGUGAUGUGACGUCACUAGACUGAUCGGCGCUUGUCGCCAGUGUGUCGAUAUUAUUUGCAAUUGCACCCCAUUGUAGAUAUGGUUAAUGUUAUGAACGUACCUAUUUUAUUGAAUAAAAUAAUUAUUAUCCCCGAGAA